GAAGAAGAAGAAGAAGAAGAAGAAGAAGAAGAAGAAUGUAAAGCUCCUAACGAACCAAACGACCUCUGCGGUUUAAGGCCUCGAGGGGAGAUGACAAAGGAGGACAUCUCUGAGCCUGUGGAGGGCGACACUGUCUCCGGCUGCAUCAGUCGCCUUUCUUCCCAGCAGCACGGCUGCGGUCUGGGGCAGCAAGUCGUGCACCAGGUGGCGUCUGCGCCCAUGCCCAGUGAUUGUGAAUUCUCCUUCUUUGACCCCAGUGACCCUCAGUGCAGAGAGGUUCUCCUGGACCCCGGCACCACCAUACCAGAGCUGUUUGGUGUCCUCCGGCAGUGGGUCCCACAGGUGCAGAAGAACAUCGACCUCAUUGGCAAUGAGAUCCUAAAGAGAGGCUGCGGCGUGAACGAUCGAGACGGCCUGACUGAUAUGAGCCUCCUCCACUACUGCUGCAAGGCCGGGGCCUCAGGCAUCGGUGAUGCAGAGAAGGCAGCUAGAUUUGCUCACCAUCUCUUUGUGCUGGGAGCUGAUCCCAACCUGCGAUCACGCUGGACUAACAUGAGGGCCUUGCACUAUGCUGCGUACUUCGAUGUGCCCCAGCUCAUCCGGGUGGUCAUACAGGCCUCUCACUCUCGAGAGAUUGAUGCCACCUGCAGUGACUUUGACUUUGGCACUGCCCUGCACAUCGCUGCAUCCAACCUUUGCACUUCAGCUGUCAAAUGUCUGCUGGAGCUGGGAGCCAACCCUGCGUUCAGGAAUGACAAAGGGCAGUGUCCAGCAGAUGUGGUGCCCGAUCCCCUUGACAUGCCUUUGGAGAUGGCAGAUGCAGCCACUGUGUCUGAGGAGCUCCUGGCUUUGCUCAGAGAAGCUUUACCCAGACCCACCUCCCCCGCUCUCCUCACGCUGCAGGCUCACGUCCCUCCAGCUCUCUCAGAUAAGGCCCGGAUUCAGCUCUCCGCCAUGGGGAUCCGACUCGGUGACCGUGUGGUGAUAGCUGGUCAGAAGGUAGGCACCUUACGCUUCUGCGGCAGCACCGAGUUUUCCGGAGGCCUUUGGGCUGGAGUUGAACUUGACAAACCAGAAGGGAAGAAUGACGGUUCAGUCGCAGGGGUUCAGUAUUUCUGCUGUCAAAUCAAACACGGAAUCUUUGCUCCCCUCUCAAAGAUAAGCAAACCUUUGGAAAGGCGGAAAACUAUCCACACAAAAACGUCUACGCCUGCACGCCCUCCUCGUCUCGUUGACCUAUCCCGCAUCACCUCCAACAUCAACACAGGUGUCCUCUCUCGCUCCCUCUCCUCCUCCUCUUCUUCACUGGACUCACGUGGGCCGGGUGUUCGACCCCGCCCAUUGUCAAAGCAACGGCUUUUGGUCAGGAAGCGACGGGAACAGGUUUCCCUCAGUCCUCGGACCACACAGCCACCAGCCUUCCAUCCUUCUUCUGGCAGCACCACUAAAGGCCUUGGAAACAGAGUUCUCUCAACUAGCAACUCCGUGUGUGACGACCCAGAGGUGCGGCUGGGAGAGAGAGUCCUGGUGGUCGGUCAGAGAACUGGUAUAGUCCAAUUCUAUGGAAAGACCAGCUUUGCUCCAGGGAUGUGGCUGGGCGUCGAACUGGACAAGCCAAGCGGCAAGAAUGAUGGGUCAGUAGGAGGGGUGAGGUACUUCAGCUGCCCACCGAAACAUGGCGUCUUUGCCCCUCCCUCUCGUGUUCAAAGGAUCCACGGAUCUGUUGCUUGUCUCUCAGAGCUCUCCUCGUCACACCUUAAUCAUUCUUUUAGCGGGACAAUCCGUCGUAGUUUCAGCACAUCGCUGGCCAUCGCAGCCCCAAAGGAGACGAGCAGACGAAGCUCUGUCAGCAGAAGCCGUUCCACCGCUCACCGCCGGCGCUGGACUGGCAGCAGCGGCGGCGGCAUCUCUCACGGCACCGGAGGCUCCAGCCCCUCUCCGAGCUCUGAAGGUCAGGUGCGUCUCCACGUGGGCAUGCAGGUUCUGUUGAACAGCGCCAAUGAGAUGGCCUUUAUCCGGUACCUGGGAACAGCAGACUUUGCCCCGGGGCUGUGGCUCGGCCUGGAGCUACGAAGGCCAAUAGGCAAGAACGACGGCUCUGUGGGCGGCCGGCGGUAUUUCACCUGUCACCCAGGCUACGGCGUCCUAGUCCGUCCCAGCCGCAUCACUUAUCGUGGCAUCAAUGGCUCACGCUUGGUGAACGAAAGAGCUGAGGGCCAGAACAGAGUUGCACAGCUGAGCCGAGGCUGAAGGUGACCGCUUGCAGCUUUCUUCACUCUGUCUCCUCAAAGGAAACAUUUAAUAGUUGAACGGUCCAAUCCCCCGUUUAGUGUUUGAUGUGUGCUCCUCCAGAGGAGCUGUGACUUAGUCAUAAAACACUUAGUACUGCAGUUUGAAUCUAAAGCACUCAAUUUGUUUUUUAAAAGUAGAGUACAAAGAAAGCACUUUAUUAAAUUGACCUUAAAUGCUUAAAAUGUAGCAUAGCAGAGUAAAAAAACUGCUCUGUCUGUCAACUGAUUGUACUAAAAAACAUCAGUUAUAGAGCUGAAACUAAUCAAAGGGUUUUCUGAUAUAAAAAUAUUUCUACAUCUAAAGCUAAUUUUCACAUGGAGUAGAUUUUUUUUUUUCCAAUGAGGAAAUGGAUGUUGUAAUGGAGCCUUCUCUGAAACCAAACGUGUGUGUGUGUGUGUGUGUGUGUGUGUGUGUGUGUGUGUGUGUGUGUGUGUGUGUGUGUGUGUGAGAGAGAGACUCAGAAACAAGUGAGAGUCAUCAGUUUUUCUCAACAUGUGAUUUUCAAACAGUCAACAAGAAUUUCCCUGUGAGACACUCGACUGUGGCUCCUCAGUGGCUUAUCGUAAUAAUGAAUUACACUAUGUAACACAAUUUUUGUUCCUGGCUUCUAAGUGUUAUAUUUCAACUGCUUCCGUCUAAAGUCUAUGGAAAAAUGACUACAUUCAG